AUGGGCUUCGUCCUCUUCAUCGCCAACAAGCGCUAUUCCAGCUGGUCCAUGAGACCCUGGGUGCUCCUCAAAGCCCUUGAUAUCCCCUUUGAAGAACGCCUUCAGACCUUCGUCGCCGGCCUCCGCCAAGCCGCCUUCUUAUCCUUUUCGCCCACCGGCAAGGUUCCAACCCUGAUCGACGGCGACAUUACCGUCUGGGACUCCCUCGCCAUCGUCGAGUACAUCGCCGAGGCCCACCCGGCCGCCUGGCCUCACGACAAGGUGGCCCGCGCCUUCGCCCGCAGUGCCGCCGCCGAGAUGCACACCGGCUUCGAGGCCAUCCGCGACCAGUGCUCCAUGAACGUGGCCCUGCGCAUCGAUCUCGGCGGUCCUCCCGACGCGGCGUUGCAGCGUGAUCUCGACCGUCUGGACCAGCUGUGGACCGAUGGCCUGACGCGGUUUGGCGGGCCAUACCUGGCGGGCAAGGAGUUCACUGCGGCGGAUGCCUUCUUUGCGCCUGUUGCCACGCGGGUGCAGACUUUUGGGUUGAAGCUCUCGGAGCCUGCGAUGGCGUAUGUGCAGACGCUGUUGGAGCAUCCUGCUGUCAACCAAUGGGUUGAGGAGGGUAUUGCCGAGACAAUGCGGGAGCCGUAUCAUGAGGAGGACGUACGGAGAGGACGCAGGGUUCUGAAGGACUUGUCUCAGCCCCAGUGA